UUUCGAGCAAUUGUUUAUACAGAAAUUAUCAUUUGGAAAGGAUAGAUCCUUAAUGUAUUAUAAUAUACAGGCACAAGUAAUCAGCUGAUACUAUAUAUGUAAAAAUGGCUAAUGUAAAAAAGAUCGCGCUUCGGUACCUUCUCGGAAUAUGCAUCCCUUCGUCGAAACAGAACGCUGCCAAAGUGAGAGUACCACGAUUGCAAUUCGACGAUUAUAUUAACAUGUACUUCAAAGAACAUGAUUUCGUUUAUGCCAACGAUCCGCAAAAAUUAUGUAAAACCGGUGAUGUAAUUCUAAUAAAGAUGUUACCAAAUAAAUUGACACGCCUGAUUACUCAUGAGGUUGUCGAAGUGAUACAUCCUCUAGGUGACAUCAUGGAUCCAAUUACUGGAAAGAAAGUUGUUGGGUUUCAGUAUAGAGAGGAUUUGGAUGAAAUUACACAAUUAUUUGGCAAAAAAGAGACAGCUUAUGAUUACGGAAAGGCACCAAAACGAGGAGGAUUGGAAGAUAUACGUGACUUUACUCAUAAAAAGAUGUACUUAAAGUACUAUGAUGAUCUAAAGGACCCACAACCAGAUACAGUGUAAAAUAUUUUGUAUAGUAUUGAAUUUGAAAAAUAGCA